AUCCCCUAGCAUCGAUUGGUCGACUGUAUUUUUGAAUGCUCGUGCAAAAAUGAACAUUGACGACAUUGUCUAUCUCGUCUGUCUUCUCUCCUGCAUUGCAUUUGGCUAUUUCUCACGAAGAAUUCAAGAUGAUUCGCAACGAAAACUCCUUGGUACAGCUUUUGGAGUGUUGAUUGUUGUUAUUGUUUCUGGAAUUCAUGUCUUGCAUUGUUUAAUAUCUUUUAGUUUAUGUGCGUUAGCUGUUCAAUAUGCUCAUCCAAGCAAAUGCCAUAUCAUUAGUUUUGCAAUUAUGUUUGGCUAUUUGGUAUUCUUUCGAACAACAACGUACUUUGGACUUCCAUCGCCUCCUGGUCAUACGAAUAUGAUUCAAAUGAUUUUAACCUUAAAGGCAGCAGGAAUUGCUUUUGAAAAAGCAGCUGCUUAUAAAAAAGUCGAACAGAGGAAAAAAGAAGUCGCUGAAAGAAGUCAACCAUCGACUAGUGAACAAAAGGAUUUGGGUCCAAUUGUUGAAUUGACCGAUUAUGAUUUGGAAUUGCAAACUUUAACGACAGUUGAGAUGUUCCAUUAUUGCUUUAAUUAUAUUGGAGUUCUUACAGGUCCUUAUUAUCGCUACCGCACAUACCGUGAUUACUUUGACAUGCCCUUCAAGAACUAUGCAAACUGCAAAGAUUCUACAUUGGAAAAGUUAAAAUAUACAGUAAUGUACGGAGUUAUAUAUCUAGUUGCAAACUCAAUUUGGCCAUUGGAAUAUUCUUUAACUGACGAAUUUGCUAAUGAACGUCACUUCCUAUAUCGAAUCUUCUAUGUUUGGCCAAAUUUCUUAAUUUUCCGUAUGCGAAUUUAUAUUGGUAUAACUCUCAGUGAAUGUGUAUGUACUGCAUCUGGAUUUGGAGCAUAUCCCGUCGAAGCUGGAGCCAUUGAAGGUGAAGGUCCUAAAAAACAAUAUGAUCAUCUUAAACGAGAUGCCGAAAAGAGGGAAUAUAGUUUCAUUACCAUAAAGAAUCUGCGAGCCUAUGAGACUGAGACAUGCUUGACAAUUCGUGAAGCAAUGAAGAAUUGGAAUGUUUGUGUGCAGUAUUGGUUGGCAGUUAAUAUUUAUAAACAGUUCCCCAGCAAAAAAUACAGAACUGUGGUAACUCUUCUUACAUCAUCAUUCUGGCAUGGAUUCAUGCCUGGUCAUUAUCUCUGCAUCAUGGGUGCACUAUUUUACUGUCCCGUCGAAGAUAUGUUUACUGCUCUCUUCCGCAAAGAUGCAACUGGCACCAAACUUAAGAUUGUCAAUGCUCUAUUCUGCAUCCAUAAAUACUAUGGUUUAGGAUAUUUGGGAACUGCAUUCCAACUUUUGACGAUUCAAAAUAUCUGGAAAUAUUAUUCGUCUAUUUAUCAAUUCGGUUAUGUUUAUUGGGCUGUUAUGGCUGUUAUUGCAGUUGUAUUGACUAAAAGAAAGCGUGCCGCUGAAAAGAGAAAGAAGAGAGAAUUAGAGAAAAGAGGCACUGAGGCAGCAGUUGCCGGUGAAUUGAGCAAACAAAAAGAAAAAGCUCAAUAAAAAACAAAAUAUGACAUCACUUUAAUAAUUAUAUAUAUAGUACA